AUGGGCUCCGCCAUCUGCGUCUCUGGCGUGGCGGGACUCUCAGUAGAAGUUAUGACUCUUAUCGCCGUUACAACAACCAUGCACGAGCGUCCGUUCAAAGACCCUCGCCCCGGCGUCCCGUUCGAGGAUCGCCUUGCUGAGAUGAAAUAUGUCGGAAUCAUUUUGCAAAUGGCCGCCCUGGUGGCCUUCGUCUUGGCUAUUAACUGUGGCGGUGUCGUAUACGCCUGGGAUUCGGGCGCCGCCAUCGGGCUCUUUGUUUGUUUAAGUCAGCUCUUCAUCCUCCUGGAGAUCCACUUCCCGUCAGGCGCGAAGUACGCCUGGUACCCGAACUGCGACCCCUGGCAGUAG